AAUAAAAUAACCUACGUAGUUCAGUUGUUUUAUUUUAAGUUUUAUUAUUCCCCAAUUUAUAUUUCCUUGAAACAAAAUAGUAUAAAAGAGGAAUGCUAUCAGAGUUCUCUAUUCAUUUAUGUCUUACAAGCCAUUCAAGUACAUCAAAGACUAAAAGACAACCAUAAACCAUGAAUACAUUAGCAAUAGUUAUCGGGCUUGCUGUGUUGGUUACUUUAGCUACUGCUCGCAGUUAUAGUUCAAAUCAAGGAUCAUGGGAUGGUCUGAAUAAUGGCUGGAAUAGUGGACGUCUGACUAAUAGAUGGAAUAGUGGACGUUUUACCGGAGGUUGGAAUAGCGGACAUCUAGGAGGUGGAUUAAUUGGCGGACACAGAAGAUACAGAAGAGCAGCUGUUGCAUACGGUUCAGUUGAUCCAUACAGAAACAGUCACCUUAACAGUGGAUUCGGACGUUUGAACACAUGGAGUAUUAAUUCAGGGAGGAGAUCUAAUUUAGGUUGGGGAUCUGGUUUAAGAUUGAGUCAGCGAGGAUAUUGAAAAAAGAGGAGGAUAUAAGAAGAACAUUACAACAUCUGAACAUUACGUUAAUCAUCCGUAGAUUUUUUUACUUUUGCAAAUAAAACUAUAAAUAUGAUA